AUGGCCUCCUCCGAUGCGGAUUAUGGAGCCGAGGAGACGAUGACGAAGUCGAAACUCCUCGUCAUCGAAUGGGAACACUUGAAUUUGUGGCGCUUUUACCCGAUGGCGAUCGCCUCGUCGUGGACGAUCCGAUGUCUUCUUUAUCCAAUGUCAGUGGUGAAGAGCCGUUUGCAACUCCAGAAACAGGAUAACGUCUAUCGUGGAAUGCGACACGCCUUUGUGGAGAUUGUUCGACAGGAGGGCUUCACCGCUUUGUAUCGGGGUUUCUGGAUGACGCUCCCCCAAAUCUCAGCCUCUUUCCUUUACUCGUCAACAUACGAACGAAUGCGAGACCUACUACAAGUACAUUUGGACGUCACGAAUCCCUCAUUGGUCUCAGCGCUGGCUGGAGCAAUUGCCUCACCCUGUGCGCAGAUGGUUUUUGUGCCAACCGAUAUUGUAGCUCAACAUAUGAUGGUCUAUAAUCAAGCGAAGAAGUUUGCCGGUUCGAGCAAGGGAGGCGCUGUGCACGACUUUUUACAGUUGGAUGGCUUGGAAAAGCGACAAACGUUGGGCAUUCGAGUGAUCCGCGCCGUGUACAAAGUCGACGGCUUUCGGGGAUUUUAUCGAGGUUUCCUCUCAGCGAUCCUUCUCUAUAUCCCGUCAACGAUGGUUUUUUGGAGCACCUACUACAAAGCAUUGGAUGUUUUCAGAUCGUUACGAGCCUCAUUUUUCACGUCUAUCGAUGCAAAUGCGAUCCAGAAGGAGAAAUUGUACAUUGACCAAGCCCUAGCCGGUUCGAUUGGCGGUGUUAUGGCGGCAAUUAUGACGAAUCCAUUGGAAAUGCUCAGGAUACGGUUACAGGUUCAUCGAACGAGUUACACUGAAACGCUGCGCCGGUUAUGGAAAUUCGAGGGAACCCGGGUUUUUUCAAAGGGUUUGGCUCCACGUGUCCUCAACAAUGCUCUCUACUCGAUGUUGAUCAUGUUAGGAUAUGAAACGGUGAAGAAAACAUGUGUUCUACCCGAGUACAAAGAUAAAGUCGUUUGG